AUCAAAGCCAACCAGUCGGGGCAAGAGGAGGAUGCUUAGCUUCCUCUCGGAUUGCAUUUGUUUGUGUCUUUGUAUGUUGUAGGAUACUUUUGCCAUUCAGAUUUUUCCCCACCGUUUUAUUUAUUUUAUUUCUUCUCUACAAACUUUCAAGUUUAUUCAAGUUUUACAGCAGACCUGAGUGAUGCGUCUCGCAGUUUGUGCCGUGGCCCUACUUUGUGUAGCAGGGCUGGAUCUCGAGUGGACACCCUUUGGGGUCGCCGGAGAAAAAGGAGACACUUUGAACGUCAGCGAUGUAGCAUCACCACUAAAACGCUCGGGAAGACGGGUACCCCGAGGCGCCGAUGACAUUGACCCCCCAAAUCUUUUUAGCCAGGAGCGGGGGCCGCAUCUGCCAGCUAGUGAAAUUAUUCCCACUGACACGGCACCGAGGGACGCGAGCAGCAGACCCUUGAGUAAUGAUGAGAGAAGUCGUGAUGUGUCGACUAACGGCACAGGGGACAGGAUGCCAUCGGACCUUUAUAACCCGCUAUAUCCUUUCACCGAAAGUUCCUACAGUGCCUACGCUGUCAUGUUCCUCUCGCUUCUGAUUUUCGCUGUGGGCAUAGUGGGCAACCUGUCUGUCAUGUGCAUUGUGUGGCACAACUAUUACAUGAAGAGUGCAUGGAAUUCCAUUCUAGCCAGUUUGGCCUUUUGGGACUUUCUCGUGCUUUUCUUUUGUCUUCCCGUAGUCAUCUUCAAUGAAAUCACUAAGAAAAGACUACUGGGCGAAGUGUCCUGUCGGAUGAUCCCAUACCUGGAGGUAUCAUCCUUGGGUGUGACUACAUUCAGUUUGUGUGCCCUUGGGAUUGAUCGAUUUCAUGCUGCCACAAGCACCCAGCCCAAGAGCCGGUCCAUUGAGCAGUGCCAGUCCAUCCUUGCUAAGCUGGCAGUGAUUUGGAUUGGCUCAAUGAUACUCGCUAUACCCGAAGUCCUGCUAUGGCAGCUCACUCAAAAUCAAUCAGCCAUGUUAGGCACCAUCAUUGAUUCCUGCACCAUGAAUCCCUCCACUAACCUCCCAGAGUCCAUCUUGCUGGUGAUGACGUAUCAAGAUGCCCGUAUGUGGUGGUACUUUGGCUGCUACUUUUGCUUGCCAGUCCUGUUCACUCUUUCUUGUCAGCUUAUUACAAGAAGAAUAAGGAGUUCUAACAAGAAUCAAGAUGCCAGAGUUUCCCCUAAACAUAUUCAGUGUGAACGGCAGCUCAAUUGUACCGUGACAGGUUUGGCCAUUAUUUAUGGGAUCUGCAUUCUGCCUGAAAACAUCUGCAACAUUGUGCUGGCCUACUUGACCUUGGACGUUUCUCAACCUACUUUGGAUCUCCUCAGUCUCAUUAACCAGUUUUUUCUGUUUUUCAAGUCCUCUGUGACCCCUGUGCUCCUUUUGUGCCUCUGCAAACCACUGGGCCAGGCCUUCAUGGACUGCUGUUGCUGCUGCUGUGAAGAGUGCAGCCAGGAAUCCCAGGCUAGUGAGGGAGGAGAUGGAAAACUGAAAACCACAGAAAUGUCGUCUUCCAUUUUCUUUGACAAGCCCAAAGACAACCAGUCAAUUCUUGGUAUUGGAACACCCUGCUAAAAAUCAGAAGGAAGUCUCCUGGCCCAUUACUUAUUUUGCAAUGCAUCUGAAGUUCUUGUUUUC